GUCAUUAAAACCAGUCCCUGUAAAGGAUUUGAAGAGUUGUAUCAGGCACUGUUCGAUGAUUUUACCUCAAGUUACGAUGUAUCACAUAUACCAGAGAACCGCAAGAAGAAUCGAUUUAAAGGCUAUUACCCUUAUGAUAAGACAAGAGUAAUAUUACAGAAACUACUUGGUGUCCCUCAUUCAGAUUAUAUCAAUGCUAAUUAUAUGAAUGGUUACGACGGAAAGAAGUUUAUCGCUGCUCAAGGUUCUACUGCGGUAACUAUCAAUGAUUUUGUUAGAAUGAUUUGGGAUAUGAAAUGUGAAAAAGUUGUCAUGGUAACAAGAGAAUUUGAAGGUGGAAAGACUAAAUGUAUACGAUAUUGGCCUGAACAUGGUACAGAAACAUUUGGUGAUAUUAAACUAACGUUGAAGAAGGAGAAAAUACGAGCCAAUUAUACUAAACGAUACAUCACUAUGGAAAAGGAUGGUACAACACACGAGUUUUGUCAUUUUCACUAUAUCAGCUGGCCAGAUCAUGGUGUACCAGAUAUACAAGAUAUGUUAGAUUUCCAAUAUACAGUUAAUAGAUAUAUUCCCAAUUCAACCAAACCUGUACUCGUACAUUGUAGUGCUGGUGUAGGUAGAACUGGUACCUAUAUUGCUAUAGAUUACUGUUUAAAACGAUAUAAUGAUAUUGGGAAAGUAGAUAUUUUGGAAUGUGUCAAAAAUUUAAGAGAACAAAGAAAAGGAAUGGUUCAAACAGAUUCUCAGCUACAGUUUAUACAUGAAGCUAUUAUAGAAGGAAUUAAAAGAGGAGAUACUGCUAUG